AUGGGAGUAAUUUGUAAAUAUAAUAACAAAAAAACAGUUCAAAACAAGCAGAUAAGACAGGUCAAGCAGCUUAAGUCAAUGAAAUGGAAAAAAAUAGAGGUGAUGAUUGUGUUUAUUCAACCAUCUUUAUGCGAGCGAAAUAUUGGUUUGAAUCAAACAACCAAUAAAACAUCCAAACCCAAUCAGUUGAAGCAAUAUAACCAACAUUUGCAAUUAAAAAACAUCACCACAGUGAAAAAGUGCCAUAGAAAUCAUGGUGGUCCAUGUCGAGUAGCAUCAGUGAUACUGCUGAAAUACCCAAAGCUUUAA